AUGAGCAAUACCGACUUCCUUGGGCGGGCAAUUGACACUGUCAAGAAGGCCAUCGAGAGCGACAAUGAGGGCGAGUACGAGAAAGCUUAUCAAACCUACUACUCCGCACUGGAGCUGUUCAUGCUCGCCUUGAAAUGGGAGAAAAACCCAAAGUCCAAGGAGAUGAUCCGCGCAAAGACCGGCGAGUAUAUGGAUCGUGCAGAGAAACUCAAGAAUCACCUGGCUCAAUCGGAUGGAAAACAAAAACCGAGUGCUGUGGGCGCGAAUGGGAAAGUGGCGCAAGGAAGUGGAAAGGGCGGGGAAAAAGAUGACGAUAACGAAGAUGCCGAUUCCAAGAAGUUACGGUCAGCGCUGGCCGGUGCCAUCUUGACGGACAAGCCCAACGUGCAGUGGGAGGAUGUUGCGGGUCUCGAAAGCGCAAAGGAGGCUCUGAAGGAGGCUGUCAUCUUGCCCAUCAAGUUCCCGCAUCUGUUUACUGGAAAGCGACAGCCAUGGAAGGGUAUCCUGCUUUACGGACCUCCAGGUACCGGAAAGUCGUACCUUGCCAAAGCUGUCGCGACAGAAGCAAACAGUACCUUUUUCAGUGUCAGCAGCAGUGACCUGGUAUCAAAGUGGAUGGGUGAAAGUGAACGACUUGUGAAGCAGCUCUUUAACAUGGCUCGGGAGAACAAACCAGCUAUCAUUUUCAUUGACGAAGUCGAUGCGCUUUGCGGGCCCCGUGGUGAGGGAGAAUCAGAGGCUUCCCGCCGUAUCAAGACCGAAUUGCUGGUCCAGAUGGAUGGCGUGGGUAAAGACUCCAAGGGUGUCUUGAUUCUGGGUGCAACCAAUAUCCCGUGGCAGCUCGAUGCAGCUAUUCGUCGCAGAUUCCAAAGAAGAGUCCACAUCAGUCUUCCCGAUAUCAAUGCACGGAUGAAGAUGUUCGCGUUAGCCGUGGGCUCAACGCCGUGCGAAAUGACGCAGGCAGAUUAUAGGACGCUGGCUGAGAUGAGUGAGGGCUAUUCCGGUAGCGAUAUCAGUAUCGCUGUGCAGGAUGCUUUAAUGCAGCCUAUUCGCAAGAUCCAAACUGCAACACACUACAAGAAGGUCAUCCUCGAUGGCGCAGAGAAGCUCACACCAUGCUCACCUGGAGACCAAGGUGCAAUGGAGAUGUCCUGGGUCAAUGUCGAAGCGGACCAACUCCUCGAACCCCCACUUGUGCUCAAAGACUUUGUCAAAUCUGUUCGCAGCUCCAGACCGACAAUCAGUUAUGAAGACCUUAAGAGAAACGCGGAAUGGACGGAGGAAUUCGGCAGUGAAGGAGCAUGA